CGCGGCCCCGCCUGCCACCGUGCGCUGGGUAAGAAAGGAGAGGCCGCAGGGGAGAGGUGGGUGGCCGACCGGCUCGGAGUGAGGCCGGCCGCGUGGCUGGUCGGACCGAGGUGGCCGCCAGCGAGGGUGGGGUGGCGGUGCGGGGUGGGGCCAUGGGCGACCGUCAAGAUUGACAGGAUAAACGACGAAGGAUGGAAAAAGAGCGCUAUUCAGCUAUUCCCUACCCCCGACGCCGCCAGCGCUGCCGCCGCCGAGAUGCAAAUCCUCGGCCCUAUUCCACGUCUCCUCCGAUAUCGUACCGUCGGCACCUCUGCUGCCCCGGUGCACCGCCUCUCCUCCCCCUCGCGAUUUCCCUUCUAUUUCAUGGCAUCUGCAACGAUUCGCUGGUGGCCACCAGCGCUUGCGCGACGAUUUCCCCCUCUCAUGUGUCUCCCAAUUCACCUGUCAGUCGUGUUUUCUGGUGUGUUUUCUUGACCUGAUGCUAAAGUUUGCGCCUUUACUUGCUUGUGUUGAUUUUUGAAGGGAUACUGUAUUCUGACCAACUUUGGUUUCGAUUUACCCUUGCUGUGUUGGUUUUUGAAGGCAAAUGAAUCCCAUUACUCCCGAAAUAGAGAGCACAGAGACUGAAAAAAUAGGGAUCGAUUUCAGGCUUAGAUAAUUUUAUAUUACGCUUUCAAUGCUGACUGAUCAUGUAUCUUAUUUAUGUCAGAUGCUGAGAUUACCUUUUUUUCCCCUCUGUGAUGAUAGACUUCCCUGUGGACCUCGAAACAUGGCCACUGUUAGUCGAGUAAAAGAUGAUGAAUCGAAGCUGCCCAUAUCUUCUGCCGACGUUAUUAGUCUUCCCCUGGAACAUUGAGACAAGGGGAGCAAUCUUGGGGGCUGUAGCUGGAUAUGACACCAGUGAUGAAGAUGCUUGUUGGAACACCUCGGAGGUUAUAGAUGUUGAAAAUGAUACAUGGGGGCAAAUUGUGAAGUACACUGGUUCUGAGGAGGAUGAAAGGAACACAACUGAAGAUCACAAGGGGAAAAUCGUCAUCAGUGAUGAUGAAGGAUAUAGCUUGAAUAAUAUACUUGCAAAAUGUAGACACCGUGACGGUUCUAUAUAUGGGAACAUGGAUAUAUGGUGGAAAAAAGCGUAUCUUAUUGCGGACCGUAAUGAGACCCGGUUGGAAGCAAUGGCAUUAUCAGAUCCCACAAAUUGUAUCAUUCAUGAUGGAAUUUGCAUUCAACAUCAUCCUGGGCGCAUGCUGCAAAUUUUGUCAUUAGAGUUGGAUAAAAUUUCUGUGGAUGGUGACUUAGUAGAGUUAUAUGGAUACAUAGCGGUGCGGGAUGAUGUGGAUCCAUUGCUCAAUUAUGUCGUCAAUUUUAGCAGGGAUGAACCCAUCACUGUGGAGCAGGGUUCUCUCAUCAACAUGACUGGCCCUAAGCGAGGGAUAGACAUGAUGGACUUUGCACUAACUGAAUAUGACAUGAGGAUCAAGACAGGCAAACAAGAAAAGGAUGACCUACAACUGAUUGAUGGUGCAUCAAUAAUAGGCCCUGCAGGCAUAUGGAAUUGUCCAUUUACAAUUCGCAUCCCUGGUGACUGUGGUGCAGUUAACAUAACUUUAUCACAUCUUGAAGAUGCAGUUGAGGCGACUGUAGAGGUCCUCAUAUUGGAAGUGCAGAGAAGUUUCAAUUUAUCUCUUGGUUGUCUAACCAGUGGGUUGAAUAAGGAAAUCCGGCUCUUGGAUGGUGCCAUAGCUAAGUCAUGUGGCUUAAAGAGGUCUGUGGUUGCUGUAGCGAGGGAUUCUUCGAUAGAUUUGAAGUUCAAAUUAACCUCACUGUUAUCCAGUUCCAGCCAACAUUGCUGUUCCUUCAAGUCAAAAACCCAUGGGCAUGAUACUAAGGAAAUAAAGACUGAUUUUGCGUUAAUCUCAGUGAAGGUUACUUGGUCGACUUUGCCUGACGGGGCACUCUGGUAACUUUUCUGUGUCUGUAACAUGUGGGCAGACUAAGAACUUAGGCGGUCGUCAUUGACUUGUAGCAAUCAAACAUUUUCAUGACUCAUCAACUUAGGUGUGGUAAGCACACGGGUGGCUGUGCUUGCAGGUGAUUUUAUGUUUGCACAGUCUUCUUGGUUUCUUGCAAACCUAGAAAACAUUGACGUUAUCAAGCUCAGCAGCCAGUUUAGAAA